GCCCAUUUCAAAGUUUCGCAAAAACUCGUGAUCUAAAAAUGGCCUCCUCUUUCUGUCUUGUUGCUCUCUUUGCAUUCCUUAUUGGCUGUCUAGCUACCGGAACUGUCUGGGAAGUCCAAUUUGAAGCAAAAGCCUCUGAUAAGAGUAAGUUUUAUGUUCUCAAUAAUUGGAAGGAGGGUAAUGGCGUCUACAAUGGCCAAGAGUCUGCUCCAUUUCCUGCCCUUCAAACUUCAGACACAAUGUUAAAGACAAUGGGAAUAUUGAGAGAGUCUGCUACAUGGGCUGGCGUUCGUCUUGGUAAUCUUUUUAGGCGUCCAAAAGCGAAUGCUCUCUUUCUUCUCGAUGGCCUUUCGGACUCUGUUAACCUUGAGUCUCUCUCGGAGCAGUCUUACCCUGUUGAUCAAACCGGUUUGACCGGAAUGACAUCAGGCGACGAGCAGGCCCUCUUCGUGGGGGACAACAUUCUAACUCACUUUGUUGGUCUGUUUGACGGGCUCUCUCUCUCGCUACGUGUCUCCUUGUCUGAUGAUGUUGAGCUUUCUGAAAAGGAUGCUCUUAUUUCAUCAGUUAAUGGACUAUUUGAUCUCACUUCUCCUGUUGAUCAAGAGUUUUUAAAGUCGGUCCUCUCCAUCAGGGACUCUGUGAAGAAGAUUUCAUCAAAAGCAGCUGCUGAUUCAGCACCAGAUGUGUAUUUAUUUAGCUUCUCAGGACUUAGAGCUUUGGGAGUCAAAUAUUCUUCUGAUUCCGAACAAAUGAAAGCAGCUGUCAAAAUAAUGAGCGACACAGUUGAAAAAGUGACACAGGAGCUUAAGAGAUUAUAUGAUGGUGACAUUGUUGUUCAAGCUCUAGUUUUACAAUGGGAAUAUUCUGACGUAAGUGACGAACAAGUCCGUGCCAUCAAGAACAUACUGGAAGCCUUCAACUUAAACGAAGCCGAGAUUGACAGCGCCUUGAAAGGCUUCCCCUCUUUAAAUCUACCAGAAAAACUGACUUCUUCUGAUCUUGCGUUGUUGUGUACUGAGCUUGGCCUGUACAUUGAGUCACAGAAUGGACGGUUGGCAGCUACUCAAUGCGACACGUCAAUUCACGGGCAAAGGAUUCGUAGAGAUAUAGACUUUGAUUUGGACGAGACUUAUUCUGCUAACAGCAACACUACUUUUGGAACUGUCAAAGGUAGAGUUGAGUCUCGCUCGGAGAACUUCUCGGCUAUAUUCCUCAUCAUAUUUGCCACAAUGGUCCCCUUGAUUCUCUCUCUCUUUGCAAUAAGUUGGGCCAUGUGGAACAUGGAUCCGGGAUCUGACAGUGUCAUUUAUCGUAAUACUGAUCCUGUGGGGAUCAAACUGGAAUGACAAUCCUGAACCAAUUUAAAUAAAUAUAGCGAGUCUUGAUAGUUAUUUUAUGCGUAGUAUUAUCAUUUAACGAGUGUUUGAUGUACGAAGUAUUAUUAUUAGUUUCUUUAUUUGCUUUUACUAAUAUUACAGACUUAAAUAAAAUAA